UUGGCAGCAUCAGUUCAUCGGCUCCGUUCUGCAAACGAGUGUGUGCAAAGCCCUUCAAUCAACUCGCCCAAUCAAACCAACCAACACCAACUGCAAAAUGGCCUUCAAGUUUGUCAUCCUUGCUGCGCUCGUGGCCGCCGUCAGUGCCGGUGGACCGGCCGCCUACUCGAUUGCCGCGCCGAGCGCCGACUUCCACUCGGUCGGUUCGUCGCACGAGCACACCGUCAAGGGCCUGUACGGCCAGAACGUGCUGUCCCAGUACUCGAAGGCCGUCGACUCGGCGCACUCGUCGGUGCGCGUGCACAGCUCGCGCCUGAGCAACGACGGGUACGCGUACGCCGCCCCCGCCGUUAAGUACGCCGCCCCCGCCUACGCUGCCCAUUAUGCUGCCCCGGCCGUCCACUACGCUGCCCCCGCCGUCCACUACCCGGCUGCCGCUCACUACGCUGCCCCCGCCGUCCACUACCCGGCUGCCGCUCACUACGCCGCUCCGGCCGUCCACUACGCUGCCCACGCCCCGAUCGUUAAGGCCGCCUACCCCGCUGCCUACGCUGCCCCGCUGGCCUACAAGACUCCGCUGGCCGCUCCUGUAGCCGCCGUGCACGGUGGAUCCGUGGUCCAGUUCGCCGGUCUCGGUGCCAGCUACGCCUGGUAAGGCCUCCCGCUGACUGCAUCGCACGCACUGAUACCAACGAUGAUGAUGAUGACGACGACGACGACGACGACGUCGCACUAGCUCGGCAGUAGCAAUAGCUUUACAGAAGAGUCAAGUCACACACACACACACACAGACAGAUAGCAAAAACAGUUAGCAGCUUAGUAACUAAGUUCUUCUUAGCAACCACUGUGCAUUUCGGGUGAACAGCCCCCCCCCCCCAGAGCAAGGAUGCGAAUAAAUGUGAGACACAGUGGCACAGGCAGUAGGUGCUGCCCGGACGUAAGAA